AUGAGCAGUACCGCGGUACAAAACCUUUUGGUUUAUAUAUUUAGUUUUAUUGCACAGCUAUUCGAUCUUUUCACUUAUAUCCCUUAUCAUUUGAUUGUUGUCGAAAAGAACACUACAGGUCAAAAAAUCUUCGCCAAGCCAAGUUGCCCUGAACAGAACGGCAUCUCACCUUACCGUGAUGUUAACAUUGAACAACUUCAAGGAGUACCGGAAGCUGGCGUCGGCACACUGACUAAACUUUUCCAACGAUCAGUUGCAAAAUAUCCUAAUAAUCGUUGCCUUGGUACACGUGAAUUAUUGCGUGAAGAAGAGGAGCAACAAUCGACAGGUAAAAUUUUCAAGAAGUUAAUCUUAGGAAAGUACAAGUGGUUAACUUAUCGAGAAGUAGACACAAAAAUACAAGCCAUCAGCCGUGGCUUGACUACCUUUGGUAUACAACCCAAGGAUAAGAUUGCUAUUUGUGCCGAGACUCGGGCAGAAUGGUUGAUGAGUGCCCAUGCCGCUCUGGCCAAUUCCGUCAUUGUUGUUACAGUCUACGCAACACUUGGCGAAGACGCUCUUAUCCAUGCCAUAAACGAAACAGAAGUUUCCCUCGUCAUUGUCGACGAGAACAUGCUCCAGAAAUUUACUUCUUUAAGUUCAAAAAUGCCUACGCUAAAGACUCUCAUAUACUUUGGAAAAAGUAAGGAUAUCUCAUUCCUAGAUUCUGCUAGAAAAGACAUACAGAUUAAAUCACUACAGGAGACCGAAGAGAUCGGCUUGAAAUCUGAAGGUGAAUCGAUUGAGUUGCAUAAUCCAAGUGCUGAUGAUAUCUCUGUUAUCAUGUACACCAGCGGGUCGACUGGGAUGCCGAAAGGCGUAGUUAUUUCGCACAGCAAUCUUGUGGGUGCUACUGUCGGUAUGUCAACCCGGUAUAAUUUUGUUCGACCACACGACUCGUACAUAGGCUAUUUACCUUUAGCCCAUGUAUUGGAAUUGGCUGCAGAAAAUACGGUACUAUCAGUUGGUGCAGCCAUUGGGUAUUCUUCUCCCAAUACACUUUCUGAUCAGUCAACAGGCAUUAAGAAAGGUUGCAAAGGUGACUUAAGCGAGUUACAACCGACCGUAAUGGCGGCAGUUCCGACUAUCAUGGAUAGAAUACGUAAAGCAGUUUAUACCAAAGUGAAUGGCGGAAAUGCCUUCACAAAGGCUCUGUUUAAUUUUGCAUACAACUACAAGAUGAAGCAGCUUAGCAGAGGAGGUGGAACACCACUGUUAGAUCGUCUAGUCUUCUCGAAAACACGAAAGUUAUUGGGUGGAAAAAUUAAAGUUGUACUUAGUGGAGGAGCUCCGCUUUCAACUGAAACACAGAAAUUUAUGAAUAUAUGUUUGUGCUGUCCUGUCGGACAAGGCUAUGGUUUAACGGAAACUUGCGGCGCUGGCACUAUGUGCGAUGUUACUGAUUUGAGUUCCGGAAGAGUUGGUGCUCCACUCGUUUGCAACGAAAUUAAAUUAAUUGACUGGCCCGAAGGUGGUUAUACCACACACGAUAAGCCAUAUCCGAGAGGAGAAAUUUGUAUCAGUGGCCACAAUGUAACUGUUGGUUACUACAAGAAUGAGGAAAAGACUCGAGAAAGCUACGUCGAAAUGGACGGAAAGAGAUGGUUUAUGACUGGAGAUAUUGGAGAAUGGCAUUCUGAUGGUUGCCUUAAAGUCAUAGAUCGCAGAAAAGAUUUAGUCAAAUUGCAAGCUGGUGAAUAUGUUUCUCUUGGAAAAGUUGAAGCCAUUCUCAAAGGCAGCAAUUUUAUUGACAAUAUCUGCGUUUAUGCGGAAAGUGAUAAAGACUAUAUAAUUGGCUUUGUUGUCCCCACCGAAGCAACGUUGCGUAAUGCUGCUGGAAGUUUGAAUAUCGAUACGAAAGAUUGGGAAGAAUUGUGUAAAAGUGAAAAACUACAGCAAAAGGUCAUUGAUGAUCUCCAUCGUGUUGCCAAGAUUGGUAAGUUACAAAAAUUUGAAGUACCUCGAAAAAUUAAGCUUUGCUCGGAUUUAUGGACACCAGAAAGCGAACUUGUAACUGCUGCAUUGAAACUAAGACGUCAUAGCAUUAAGCAAUUCUAUAUAAAUGAUAUCAAGCAAAUGUAUACCUAG